AUGUCAGACAAACCAAAUAUCCCUGCACCUAAUUCAUUGGUCAAAUAUGCAAGUGCCACUUUGGUUUCUACAUCUGGAAAGCCUAUUAAAGAUAAAAAGAAAGGAAGAGAUGCUGCUCCAUAGUCAAUUACUAAUGCAUAAACAGAGGAUAUAUUGAAUUCAAUUCUUCCUCCAAGAGUAUUUAUUUUAUGAACUAAAUUAGGAAUACACAAUGGAAAAAUAAUAAUUAUGGAUUUAAUGUGUUUCAUCCACUCCAGCCAAAAGAGUAAAUCGAUUUUAUAUUCAAAAUAGGAAGAUGUUAUUCUUCUUUAAGAAAAUUUAGAUAAAAAAUUAUAAUAGAGAUAAGCCAGAGAAACUGGUAUAUGCCCUAUUCGAGAGGAAUUAUAUGCAUAAUGUUUUGAUGAACUUAUAAGACAAGUAUUAUAUGUAAGUUACAAUUAGAUUACAAUUAAUUGUGCUGAAAGAGGUUUAUUAUUAGUUCGAGUCAGAGAUGAAAUUAGACAAACAAUAUAAGCUUAUUAAACUUUGUAUGAAAGUUCUAUUGCUUUUGGAAUGAGGAAAGCUUUAUAAGCAGAGCAAAGAAAAGUAAAAAUAUUAAUAAAAUGAUUAGACUGAUUAUAAUAAUAAAAUAAAGUAAUUAGAAACUGAAUGUCAAGAUUUAUCAAAAUAGGUUGAAAAAAUAGAGAGUACUAUUGAAGNGUUUAUUGAUUAUAGAACAUAUGGGAUGGUGUGCAAAUAUUGGAGAUUCAAGAGCAAUUUUAGGAAGAUAGAAAGAUGGAUUACAUGUAGUUGAAUUGUCUCAUGAUUAAAAACCAGAUUUACCUAAAGAGGAAAAAAGAAUUAUAUAAAAUGGAGGAAGAGUUUAAGCAUAUUCAGAUGAAGAAGGAAAUCCUAUUGGUCCAGCUAGAGUUUGGUUAUUAGAUGAAAAUAUUCCAGGAUUGGCAAUGUCUCGAAGUUUUGGAGAUUAUGUAGCUGCAUAAGUAGGCGUAAUCUCAAUUCCAGAAAUAAUUAAACAUACAUUUUAAAAUGACAAAUUCUUAAUCAUGGCAUCAGAUGGAAUUUGGGAGUAUUAUAUUAUUUAUAUUCAAGGUUUCUCGAUAAUAAAUGGAUUGUUGAAGUUGUCUAUGGAUACUAUUUGAAAAAUGAUGCUGAAGGAGCUGUUGAAAGAUUGGUUAAAGAAGCCACAGAAGCAUGGUAAAAAGAAGAUGAAGUUAUAGAUGAUAUCACUUGUAUUGUUGCAUUUUUGAAUUGA